GCAGGACCUUGUUGAUUUGGGGCGGAGUCCCUGAGACAGCAGCACCUACAAUAGCAGGCGCCUUGGGAGCAGCAUCACUCACUGCCAGGAGCAUCCCGGGGAGCACCCAGCCCCUAUGGCUGCCAAGUCUCAGCCCAGCGGCCCUCGCGUCAAGAGCCCACCCAGCUCUGCCAAUGGGCACGUCUCCCAGAAGGGCCAAUGGGGCCGUGCCUGGGAGGUGGACUGGUUCUCGCUGGCCGGCGUGGUCUUCCUGCUGCUCUGUGCUCCUUUCAUCGUGUACUACUUCAUCAUGGCCUGUGACCAGUUCCAGUGCUCCCUCACCGCCCCCAUCUUGGACCUGGCCCUGGGCCGUGUGCACCUGACCGACAUCUGGGCCCGUACGCCGGGCCUGACCCGCGUGGCUGCCCAGCUCUACGCCGCAUGGGUCUCCUUCCAGGUGCUGCUGUACAUGGGGCUACCCGAUUUCUGCCACAAGAUCCUUCCAGGCUACAAGGGCGGUGUCCAGGAGGGGGCUAUCACCCCUGCAGGAGUCAUCAACAAGUACCAGAUCAACGGGUUGCAGGCCUGGCUGAUCACUCACCUGCUGUGGUUUGCCAACGAGUACUUCCUGGGCUGGUUCUCGCCCACCAUCAUCUUCGACCACUGGAUCCCGCUGCUCUGGUGUGCCAACAUCCUGGGCUACGCCGUGUCCACCUUCGCCAUGAUCAAGGGCUACUGCUUCCCCACCAAUGCCAAAGACUGCAAGUUCACAGGUAAUUUCUUCUACAACUACAUGAUGGGCGUCGAGUUCAACCCCCGCAUCGGGAAGUGGUUCGACUUCAAGCUCUUCUUCAACGGCCGCCCAGGCAUCGUGGCCUGGACCCUCAUCAACCUGUCCUUCGCCGCCAAGCAGCGCGAGCUCUACGGCCACAUCACCAACUCCAUGGUCCUGGUCAACGUCCUGCAGGGCAUCUACGUGGUGGAUUUCUUCUGGAACGAGGCCUGGUACCUGAAGACCAUGGACAUCUGCCACGACCACUUUGGCUGGUACCUGGGCUGGGGCGACUGCGUGUGGCUACCGUACCUGUACACUCUGCAGGGCUUCUACCUGGUGCAUCAGCCCGUGCAGCUGUCCACCCCGCACGCCCUGGCCGUGCUGGCCCUGGGCCUGGUGGGCUACUACGUCUUCCGCAUGUCCAACCACCAGAAGGACCUUUUCCGCCGCACCGACGGCCGCUGCCUCAUCUGGGGGCGUCCCCCGAAGAUCAUCGAGUGCUUGUACACGUCGGCCGACGGGCAGACGCACCGCAGCAAGCUGCUGGCGUCGGGCUUCUGGGGUCUGGCGCGCCACUUCAACUACACGGGCGACCUGAUGGGCAGCCUGGCCUACUGCCUGGCCUGCGGGGGCGCCCACCUGCUGCCCUACUUUUACAUCACCCACAUGACCAUCCUGCUCACCCACCGCUGCCUGCGCGACGAGCACCGCUGCGCCAGCAAGUAUGGCCGCGACUGGGCCCGCUACACGGCGGCCGUGCCCGCCCGCCUGCUGCCCGGGAUCUUCUAGAGGCCACAGUGGUGAUUCUGGCCCC